UCGCGCCAAGUUCUCGGUUUUUCGGUUCCUCGGUUCUCGGUAGCGGUUCCUCGGGGAUUCUCGCCGAAAGUGGAGGCAGAAGGAGAAGUGAAGAAGAAUAAACACAGCAGCAGCCGCAUUAGCCUGGAUGCGGAUUAUAUAUUUUUGGGAUCAAGAUAAUGAUGAUCCGAUCGGGCUGAGCAGCAGCGUGUUGUGCGCGUGUGUUUCGCUUUUUUUUCCUUUCAACUGCGGCGCGAGUUCAACAAAGAAAAUCAAAAUCAAAUCGAUGAAAAUUCGAAAUCGUAAAGUUUGUUUAAGGAAAUCAUCAAACCAUUAAGCCGUAAGUCGUAAAUCGUAAAUCGCAAAUGGUACAACUUCCUUGCCAUUGGAAAGCGGUGCGAAUAACAGUGGAGUGUAUUGUCUAAAAAACAGAGGAAAAGAAGAAUAAAGAAUACGGAGCAAAUGAGAAAAGCGAGAAGCUACGGAAAGAGCCGAGAGUGAAGCAGAAAGAAGCAGAAUUUACCAAUCCAGAAUCGGAUUUAUAUAUGUAUGUAGCAGUGUGCGUGGAAAUAAAACAAAACCCCAAUAUACAGAACAUAGAAACAGCCUCUGGAGAGAUCCCUCCUAAUGUAUGCUAAAAGUGACCAACGAAAUUCUAGCUUAUUUCGCAGGCAAUGUUUAAUAAUCUUUUCCUAAUGAACGAACAGCCACCGUCUCGGUUUUUUUUUAUAAUUUAUUACGAGUAUAUGCAGUGACAGUGUUUUUUCCCCUCUUCUGUUGCCUCAGUUUCUCUGGCAAAGAGAGAGACUAAGCGAGAAACAAAGGGAACAAAACGGAAAGUAAAAUUCAAAUAAAAUGUAAAACACAAGAUAAACACGCGAAAGUUGAGUUGAGUGUGGAAUUAAUGGAAUAUAUAUAUUCGCGUUUUGGUGAUAUAUUAAAUAGCCAUCCAAUAAAAGCAAAUUUAUAUCAAUUGCUAAGGCCAGCAAAUAAAUAAGAUAACAAACCGAGCAACAUCUUUAAUACAUAGCCUAUACAUUUUUGGAUAAUUGUGAAAGGCCCCGAGGAUUAGAUAUUAUUUAAUUUGAACAAUGGCUUCUUCACCAAACAACGCGGCGCCGCCCGUUUUAUGGCGGGCGAGACGUAAAAUUGGCCUGCAUCUGCGGAGCAUCGAGGAGCCCGCGUCGACGCCGCUCCAGUUCCAGGCAGCAGCGGCGGCCGCCGCCGCCAGUAGAAUGAACGCUGAGCAGGGGGGCCCGGGCUACGGCGGGGGCUACGGUGAGCACUCGCUGCUCUUGGCCACACGUCACACCGGUGUCCCCCUGCCCCUUGCCCACCAGCAGCCACUACCCGCCCACUACCAGCAGCUGAACCACACUGGAUCGGGAUCUGUUCCCUCAUCCUCUGCCGCCGCCGCUGCCGCUGCCAAUGGAUCCUCCGCAAACCAGCAGGCGGUGUUCCCGCCACAGCAGCCGGCAUAUCCGCUCCAGCAGCAGCAGAUGCAUCAGUACCAGUCCCAGUACCAGUACCAGCACCACCACUAUCACCACCAGCCAGCCUCGCCGCAGCACAGCAGGCCCUACGACCCGGAGCACGCGCGGAUGGAGGCCUGGCUGGACGAGAAUCAGGAAUUUGUACAGGAUUAUUUUAUAAGGAAAGCCACAAGGCAAACGGUGGAUGCCUGGCUGGUCUCACAUGCCACCUCCGCGGGCAACGAUGUGGUCAGCAGCACUUCACCCACGCAUCCCAAUGGACAGACGAGCUCCUCGCGGGGCGGUUCUGGAGCCACCACACCUGUGCGAAAAAUCUCCGCUCACGAGUUCGAGCGCGGCGGCCUGCUGAAGCCCAUAGUUAACACCAUCGACGGCACGCCCACCUUCCUGAGCAUCGGACUGUCGCCGCUGGACAAUGGCGGUGUGGGCAGCAGCUGCGGCAAUCUCCAGAAUGUGGGAGGCGUGGUGGCAGGACAGUAUCAGUACCACCAUCCGCAGCACCUCCACCAUCAGCAGCAUAGCCACUAUCAGGCGGGCGGUGCGGUGGGCAGCUCAAGUGGCGGCGCUGUAGGACCCACUGGAUCCGGACUGGGUGGCAACAGCAGCGGAGGGGUGGCGGGUUCGACGGCUGGGAACGGUCAUCAAUAUCAAUAUUAUCAUUGCCACCAGCGACCGCAGCGACUGUCGCGGAACGAGCUGAAGCAGCUGGACGAGAAGGAGUUGAUCUUUGAAUUGGUAAAGGAUAUUUGCAACGAGCUCGAGGUGCGCACCCUGUGCCACAAGAUCCUCCAGAAUGUGUCCAUCCUGCUGAAUGCCGAUCGUGGCUCGCUGUUCCUUGUCCAAGGACGUUGCAAUGGCCCCGAUGGACUCAAAAAAUGCCUUGUCUCGAAGCUGUUCGACGUGUGCCCCCGGAGCACCGUGGAGGAGAUGGAGCAGCAGGAGGAGGUCCGCGUGGCCUGGGGCACUGGCAUCGCCGGCCAUGUGGCGGAGAGCGGAGAGCCCGUCAACAUACCAGAUGCUUACCAGGAUGAACGCUUCAAUUGUGAAAUUGAUUCGUUGACCGGCUAUCGGACGAAGGCCCUCCUGUGCAUGCCCAUCAAGGACUCGUCCGGGGAUGUGAUUGGCGUGGCGCAGGUCAUCAACAAAAUGAAUGGCGAGUGCUUCUCCGAAAUCGAUGAAAAGGUCUUUGCCUCGUAUCUGCAGUUCUGCGGCAUUGGACUGCGGAAUGCGCAGCUUUAUGAGAAAUCUCAACUGGAAAUCAAGCGGAACCAGGUCCUGCUCGACCUGGCCCGCAUGAUCUUCGAGGAGCAGAGCACCAUCGAGCACAUGGUCUUCCGCAUCCUCACCCACAUGCAGAGUCUUAUCCAGUGCCAGCGCGUCCAGAUCCUGCUGGUCCACGAGGCGGACAAGGGCAGCUUCUCGCGGGUCUUUGACUUCGAGGCGAAUGACCUGAGCGAGGAGGAGGCCACCUCCAGGACGAGUCCCUACGAAUCCCGCUUUCCCAUUAACAUCGGCAUUACUGGCCACGUGGCCACCACGGGGGAGACGGUGAAUGUUCCCAAUGCCUACGAGGACGAUCGCUUUGACGCAAGUGUUGACGAGAGCUCCUGCUUCAAGCACCGCUCCAUCCUGUGCAUGGCCAUCAAGAACUCGCUGGGCCAGAUCAUCGGAGUCAUCCAGCUGAUCAACAAGUUCAACGAGUUGGACUUCACCAAGAACGACGAGAACUUUGUGGAGGCAUUCGCCAUCUUCUGCGGCAUGGGCAUCCACAACACGCACAUGUACGAGAAGGCCAUCGUGGCAAUGGCCAAGCAAAGCGUCACCCUGGAGGUGCUCAGCUACCAUGCAUCCGCCACCAUGGACGAGGCACACCGGUUGCGGCGCCUACGAGUACCUUCAGCUGUCCACUUCCGUUUGCACGACUUCAAGUUCGAUGACAUCCAUUUCGAGGAUGAUGAUACACUGAAGGCCUGCCUGCGCAUGUUCCUGGAUCUGGACUUUGUGGAACGAUUUCAUAUCGACUACGAAGUCCUGUGCCGCUGGCUGCUGAGUGUUAAGAAGAACUAUCGUAAUGUAACCUACCACAACUGGCGACAUGCCUUCAAUGUGGCCCAAAUGAUGUUUGCCAUUCUAACGACCACGCAAUGGUGGAAGAUCUUUGGGGAAAUCGAAUGCCUGGCUUUGAUUAUAGGCUGCCUCUGCCACGAUCUCGACCAUCGAGGGACCAACAACUCCUUCCAAAUCAAAGCCUCAUCGCCCUUGGCGCAGCUUUACUCCACCUCCACCAUGGAGCAUCACCACUUUGAUCAGUGCCUGAUGAUCUUAAAUAGUCCUGGCAACCAGAUACUGGCCAAUCUGUCCUCCGAUGACUAUUGCCGGGUCAUCAGGGUAUUGGAAGAUGCCAUCUUAUCCACCGAUUUGGCGGUGUACUUCAAGAAACGAGGUCCCUUCUUGGAGAGCGUCCAGCAGCCGGCGAGCCAUUGGGUGGCCGAGGAGCCACGUGCCCUGCUGCGGGCCAUGAGCAUGACUGUCUGUGAUUUGUCGGCCAUCACCAAGCCGUGGGAGAUCGAGAAGCGGGUGGCCGACCUGGUCAGCUCCGAGUUCUUCGAGCAGGGCGACAUGGAGAAGCAGGAGCUGAAUAUUACUCCUAUUGACAUCAUGAAUCGCGAAAAGGAGGAUGAGCUGCCCAUGAUGCAAGUGAAUUUCAUCGACUCCAUAUGCUUGCCCAUCUAUGAGGCCUUUGCCGCUCUCUCGGACAAGCUGGAGCCUCUGGUCGAGGGCGUGCGCGAUAACCGUGGCCAUUGGAUCGACUUGGCCGAUGUUGUCAAAACCAAAACUAGUCAGGAACAAGAACAGCAGCAGCAGCAGCAGCAUAUUGUGAUAUCGAACGGUGACUGCAGGGCAAUGACGAGGGAUGAGGAUGUGGCCGAAGUGCACGAGGCGGAGGCUCCCCAGGAUGCCGAGCAAGCAAGCGUAAAUGGCAACGGCAACUUGGCCAACAGCAGCAGCUCUACUAAUAACCACAUUGCCGUCGCUUCUCAUCCCACCAGCACCCUGCCCAGUGAGCGCGAUGAUGUUGAUGAUGAUGCGGAGCAGCAGCAGCAAAACGGACUUGAGGUGGCCUCCAUUUGCAGCUCCCCACAUUCCUCGAGCUGCUCCUCCUCCACCGCCUCCAGCCGACUGUCCACGCCGCCGCCCACUGGCGAGGACGACAGCACUCCAGUGUCGCCCUCAAAGACGCUGCAGGCCAAGCUGGUGGUGAACGCACUGCAGCGGCAGACCUCCAACCCAGCCUCGGCUCAGAAGCAGCGCUGCAAGAGCUGCGACCACUCGCGGAGCGGCCUGCAUGUGAGGAAGACCAGCUCGCUGAGGGGCGCCCAGGAACUCGAGAUGGACAGCAAGAAUGAAACUGGUGGCCUCUGCAAGAGUACGCCCGUGAUCAACCACCAUCAGCAUCAGCAUAGUCAUACUCACAGCCACAGCCACUCGCAUCAUCAUCAUCAUCACUCGUAUCACAUGGGGAUCGGGAUUGGCAGCGCCAGCAUCGGCGGCAGCGGGCUCAUCAGCCUGGCCACGCCGCUCCUGGCGACGGACAGUGAUAGGAUACCAAAAAUUGUGGGCAAAAUUGGAAAUCUCGAUGGAAUGCCGACCUUUGCCAACGGAGGAGGAGGAGGUCAGAACGGGCUGCCCUUUGGCGGCGGCUACCAGCAGCAGCAUCGGCAGAACCACCAUCAUCAUCAUCACCAUCAUCUGCUGGCGCGUCGUCACUCGGAGACCAACAGCAAUGGGCCCUCAGCCACGGUAGUGGCGGCCGAAAAAUAAAUACAUCCCAAAAUCUGAUGUGGGCAGAGUCUUAAAGCAAGCAGUUGCGAGGGAUAAUGCAAGGCAGCUGAGAAAGUGUUUUCAAAGCUCGAAAAGUUACCGAAAAACAGUUCUGAGACCAGGACCCCAUCAGCAUAUCUUCAACAUAUGUACAUAUAGUUCUAUUCACCCCACACACACACACACCAUAAUUCAUACUCUAAACAUCUUGUAUAUAAAAAAUACGCACUUGGAGCAACAGUAUCUAUCGAACAGUGGGAUAGCCUACAACUAAAACUAAAUAGAAAGAUUCCUAUAAACGUUAUGUAAAUCGUAAAUCGUAAUUCGUAUAUCGUAAUCCUUGAUCUGUGUGUGUCUAUAUUGUAUAACUUCAAUUUUAGUCCUAAUCAUAAACGAUAGACGGUAAGGCAAAGAAGUCAAAUUCUCUAGAUAUUUAAGAACGCAGGUAGAAGGGAAAGAAUUGUACCAAAAAUGGCAGAGUAGUGUCGUUUGUCUUCGAAAGGAUCACAGCAAGGAUAAAAAGUAUUGCAAGGAUGGAGAGUGUGCAUAUGCGACGGAAGUACGAGUAUAGCACACAGUGUUUAACUUUAUGCGUUAGUUGAAUUAUCUCUAUGGUUACCAAAAGUCUAACUUUAGUAGCAUUAACCAACCGCUUAGUGAUGAUGUUUAAUCGAAAGCGAUCGCGAGCCUAGAUCAUAGUAAUCACAACACAACCUUAAUACACACGAAAACAAACACUAAGCGCUUUGAAAAUUCCCCCUCCCGGCGCUCUUUUCGAAUUUAAAUAUUUGUAAUAAUAGUGUUUAUUCGAUAGUAAGAAGCGUAUUCGUAUCCUAAAAAUAAAUGUGUACUCGAUGGUCUUCUGGGCUGGCCUCAUGCGUGCACACAAUAUAUAGGCAGAGCCCAGAGCAUCGUUGGGAACUAUCCCUGGGCGAGGAUCAGCAGCACGUCAAACGUUCUGUGUGCUCGUACACGUAUUCGUCGGAUACCGCACUAAAUAUAUAUAAAUACAAUGCA